CAUUACUACCAGCCACAGGUUUUGAGGACCGUACAGCUUGUCUUUUUUUCUUUUGUUGUUAUUUCUCUGUUUCCUCUCUUUCCCCCUCCCGCCAAAUAAUUAUUUGCUAGUAGAUCGUGGUGGGGGGCAGGAAAGAGAGAGGCGGGGGAAAAAAAGUCUAGCAGCCCAGGACUAUAAUAUAUAUCUAUUUAUUAUAUGUCUUUCGGUUAAUUCCUGAUCUGAGGAGCGCUGUUUUUCACUCCCAUGCGAAAGUCACCAGCGGGUAGGGCCUGAUUGCUACUUUUCAUGCAUAGUUUUAGACACAAGAGGGCAUUGUGACGUCGCGCCCGGCGGCGCCCAGUCGCAGGCCGAGGCCGAUAGCCCCACGUGGGGGCCCCGCGCUCCCAUUGGCCAGCGCCGGGCGAAGCUGCCACAUUAUUUUGUUACUUUUCAGUCCCUAUUUGGAACUGCUCUCGCGGCAGUUCAGACCUCGUGCUCGUCCCCCUCGCCUGUCUGUGUGUGGUAUCCGCAGGUCCGGGGCACUUUUUUGGCUGUGUGUGUGUUUAGGGUGUGUAUUUGGGGGGUUUGUCGGGGCGCGGAGAGGAGAGCCGGGCCGAGGGGAAGGAAGGAAGCCGCAGAGCUCCCCGGUCUCGGGCUGCGCUCUUCUGCCUGUGCGCUCCGAGGCGGUGGCGGCGGCGCCGAGCGCUCCUCGCUGAGGACGCGGCGCUGGAGCUGGAAGCAGCGAGGACCCCUUUGCGGAGGGAGGCUUCCUGUGCCCGCUGGAGUUACGAUGCCAGGGCGGCUGAUUUGCACCUACUGAGCCUGGAGUUUCCUCCUCGGCCCUGGGAAGGGCUUGCAGCGGCGGCGGCGGCGGCAGUAGCAGACGGAACAGCAGGCUCUCCUCUCCGAGGGGGGGCGUCGAAGCGCCCGCGCCGGGCUCCCGCCCUCACCCUCCGGCGCUCCUGCGGCCCCCAGCCGCCACCUCGGUGCUUGCCUCCUUCCUCUUCUCCCGGAGCGCCGCCUCUGGGAUUGGACCCGCACGCCCCGGAUGCUGGGGCUGCCUCGGCGCGCCCCCCUCACUGCGCGAGGCGCUGAGUGAUCCCGGAGGGGGCCCGCAGUCGCCCCAGGAGGGGACCCCGGCCUCGGGACCCCGUGCCGGAGCCACCGGGGAUACGACAAUGUCCGCGCAGCCCCCGGCUCUGACGCGCUCCACGCAGCGGGGGGAAGGCGGCCGGCCGCAGCCCGCCGAGCCCUAGGCGCACAAAGCCCGCGCCCGGCGCCCGGCCUCGGCGCCCGCCGACGACUUUGCCGCCUGCUCCGCAGCUCUUUGUCUCCACUUGGGGCGGGCGCCCGACUCUGGGAUUUCGCUGCGAGAGCGGGCUGGGGGGGCCGGGGGCGAGCUCUCGGUUUCCCGGCCGCCCCCCGCUGGGGCUUGGCUCCCCCCUCCCCCGCACCUCCCCGGCCCGAGCUUUCGGCGCUUCCACGCUCUCGGAAUCACGACCCCUCCCUGCCAUGUAUCCGCAAGGCAGACAUCCGGCUCCCCAUCAACCCGGGCAGCCGGGAUUUAAAUUCACGGUGGCUGAGUCUUGUGACAGGAUCAAAGACGAAUUCCAGUUCCUGCAAGCUCAAUAUCACAGCCUCAAAGUGGAGUACGACAAGCUGGCGAACGAGAAGACGGAGAUGCAGCGCCAUUACGUGAUGUACUAUGAGAUGUCCUAUGGCCUGAACAUUGAAAUGCACAAGCAGGAUACGGAAAGCCGCGAACACAGGGCUGAAGAAGGAGAUGGCAAAUCUCCGUCCCCUGCCCUCUCAUUCCCUGAGUAAUUAGGGGCUUGGCUAGAAGAUCUCCAGGUAGGAGUUGAAGUUCUGUGACCAUCACUUUUGCAGAUAGCGGGUGACCAGAGGGAACCGGCAGGUGGCAAGGUUACAAAGACCCGGCCCAGGAGUGCCUGUUGGUGUGGCAUCUGGGGUUGAACUAAGAAGAGAUCUGGAGUAGUGGUUUUUUGCUGGCACCCAAGCCCCCCUCCUAGGCCCUGGUUUGCACCUCACCUUUCCUAGCUGGUCACUCUUGCCCAGGACAGUCUUCCAAUCCCACAGCUCCUCUCAACUGCGCUGGGGCCCUGCUGUGGUCAGCUUUGGGGUCUGCUGAGCUCAAAGUCCCCUGCCUCCUGCCCCAGACUUCCUUCCACACCAGCCUUCUCCGGACCCCUGGCUGAUGGAGGAAGCCCCUCGGCUGGGGUCUGUUACGUGCACGAAGUAGGUGCUUAGUAAACACGCCGGUUUUUCCUUUACUCCAAAUUAACUCCGGUUGUCAGAGGGUGGGAUUUGGAUUCCCUGAGCUCUGGCCUUAGGAAGCGAGGGUUUUUAAUUGUGGGUUGGCCACCAGCGCUGCAGGCUUCCUCCUACAGCUCAGCAUCCAGUUUCUUCAUCAGGAAAAUGAGGGGGUUGGAUGCAUGCCAGAACGGUUAUUAGGGGCCUGGGAUGUGCUGGGUGUGGGCCCCAUGGGCUGGGGCCGGUUACACAGCCGAAUAAGACACCAUUCCCUCGGCUGGGGAUUUGGCGUCUAAAUAAGUCAUGGCAGCGCAGUGAGGUAAGUGCUAAUAGGGCCCAGUGUCACUGGAGGAGCACCCAGGACAGAACAACUUAUUCUUCCCCAGAAAGGGGAGGGAAAGGGGAGUCGGGUCAGAGAAGUUUACACCGAAGGGCUGAUACCUGAGCUGAGUCUUAAAGGGAGGGCAGGGGUUGAUGAGACAGAAGCCAGCCACAGAGAGGGGGGGGGGGGCUCGCCCUGUCUCUUUCCGUGGCAGCCGCUCUUGGAAAGGCCAUCGGAAGCACAGUCCACAAGUUGGAAUGGCAGGGGGUGGGGCUGCACUUGGGGAGUGAGGCAAGGUGGUGACAUUUUGCAGCAAAGUGAUCUCCAAGGCCUCUCUGCUCUCACACUCCGACUCCGCGGCUCCCUCUGUCCCCAUAUGGCUCUGCACGGCUGGCCCAGGGCCAUCUGCCCCCGUUGCGGGCGGGCUGGAGGUGGAGGGCGGGGGACGGUGGGGGAUGCCCUGGGGGACGCCCUGGGCUGGCGGAGGCCUCCCCCCCGCGCCUGCUUCUGCACCCCAGCGUGCCUCUUUGAACUUUCUUCCCCAAAGUGGCCUUGCCUCCUCUCCCGGGUGGGUAAUUCUGUAAUGACUGGUUCUGACCCGCCCCUCCCCCAUAUUUAAUUCUCAUCAGCCAGCUCUCUCCACUUUGCUAUUAAUGAUAGCAGCCGCAAAAUAGCUUUCAACAUGCCAUUGACAGUCUGGUUUAAGAGAGCACUUGAAGCAGUGCUAGACAGCUGAAAGCACCCAUAAUUGUGUACCAGAGUGAGAACUGCGUGCUCGAGGGCCUUGUUUUUAUAUGCUUAAAGGGACAAUAUCUUGUUUUCAACAAAUGCUUUCUGAGACUCACAGCCAAGAUGCUGGGUCCUCUCGCAUGCCUCUCCUCUCCCCUGUCUUUUUCUUUCCUCUCUUUUGCCUUUCCUGAGAAAUGUUCCCCCCUCAGGUUGGGGCUGAAAAGAAACCUGGAGGAGGGGGGAUUUCCUGCCCACCCUAAGUAAGGACUGUCCGGUGGACUGGUUACUGUGAGGCCUCCCCGGACUGCUGCCUGUCCCCGCCCCCAGCCCCAGCCCUGCCCAGUGUUUCUGGGGGAGGGACUGGGAGUGGUGUUCGCCCCCGUGAAUUGAUUUCUUGAGUUCUUUGGUUGGCUAAGGAUGUCACAGGCUGAGGGUGGGGCGGGCUUCCAGGGAGCCCUCUGGAUGUUUCCAGGAAGGCCACCUCUUGGGGGGGGGGGACUGUGGGGGAAGCCUCCACUUAAGGGAGAGGCAGAUCAGGGACCUCGGAGCCCCUGGCCUCUUGUAAAGCAGAUUCUGGGAGGCCGUUCAUUGUGCAGAGGCCCCUCUAGAAAGCAGGAGGGUCUGUAGGGCGGGGACUUACUCUUAAGUGGAGGUUCCUGCAGGGCUUAGGGGCUUAACCAGAGGUUCCCUCUACUCAGCCCUGGAGAUUUUGCCUGAGAACAAAACCUCCCUCCCCUUCACCCCAGCUGGCUUCUUUACUCUGAAGUUGCAACACAGCCCUUUGGGCAGAGGUCCCUCACCCCAUUAUCACAAAGCUUCCUUUCACCAAUGGCAUCCUCUGAAGGGUGAAGAAAGAACCAGGUUCCCAGAGGUAGGAAAGCAGGGAUGGGGCCCGGAGUCUGGCUGUGGCAAAGGCUGGGAGUGUAGAUGGGCUUGGCUUGUGUGUCCAAAGAGCCUCCUCCUUCCACCCACCAUGGGAGUGACCCCGACAGGGACCUGGGAGCCUGGGGCAGCUGCCACCACCACCGCCACAUAAUUCCAGCAGAAGGCCUUUACUGAGGACAAAGAAUUUGAAAGUUUUGCUCUCUUCCAAAUAUUGUAAAUCGACCUUUGGUAUUUCUGUAUCACUUGAUUGUUUGCAAAACAGGGUAGACCUAUUCCUUGUAGGAACCCAAAAUGACAGGCAUUUGGGUGCAGGACAGACACACCCCGGGAGGAAAGCCUCAGAGCAUGGGGGGUGAGGAUACCUGUGUACAUCCGGGGCACUAGAGGGCUGUGUUCUUAAACUGACCAGGGCGGCAGGGGCUGGGGUGUGUGUGGAAUGGCACCUCUGUGAGUUCCCUGAGGGACAGGACCAUUUUGCAGUCACUGAGGCCCCUGAGCCCUGCGUGGGCCUGGGCCCAUACUGGGUGCACAGUGUAUGUUUUGGGGCAGACUCACAGAGGGUGGCAUCUCCCUGACCCUGCAGAGCAUUAUGGACUUUCUUGGAAGGAUACAGGUUUUCUGGGAGAGAUCUGUUGGCCACAAAGUUGUGACUGGAUAAAGAAAUGUGAAAGUGUCACGAGCUUUUAUGUUAAAGCGUCUUUCAUAUAGUUUAAGGUUUUUGUUUUGUUUUUGUGUUUUGUUUUUGUGUUUCAUCUCAGUCUGCGGACAGUUCAGACGUACAAAGGGAAGAUAGGAGGUGGUGAGGAAAGAGGUAGCGGGGAGGAAGAUGAUAAAGCAGAGAUGGGGAGGAAGGAAUGAGGAAGAGAAAACAUGCUGAAUUGGGAUUCCGAGAAGGAACCGAGUAGCAGGAAGGUGAGAGUCAGUGGCUUGGAGGUAAAUUGGUACACUGUGCUUGUCAUGCCUUGGCUGUCUCUUUGGGUGUGGAGUUCCACGUGCUAUGCCCUUUUAAAUCCUCGGUGACCACCGUUCACACGCUUCAAUUGUUUUUCUUUGUUGUCAUUUUUUAAAAACAGAAUGAAAUGUAGUCUAGCCCGAUGGCAGAAGUUCCUUUUUUCAUUUGCCCCCAAAAGCGACAUCUUCCCUCAUAAAAAGACUCAGAUGAGCCACAGUCCUUCCCACAGUCCUGCAGCCCUGGGGAUACCAGGAGCACCUUGGGGACAGGGGAGGGGACUCUUCCUGGUUGGGUGUGAAGGGUUUGGUUCUGGACUCCUACACCACCCAGCCUGUCUCUGACCAGACGGUUGGAGGAGGAGGCCUUCCACCCAAUCCCCAAAUAACUUACCUAGGGAGAGCCCUCGACAGGUCAGUCCUGACCCUGAGUGUGAAACUGUCCUGUCAAGGGUGUGCUUUGUGAACCAGUGGUGAUUUCUGCUGGGAAGAGCCGGGCAGUCUGGGGGAGACCAGUGGGUGAGGGAUGGGAGUCAAUCCUUGGUCUAGUGUUGGGGACAGGAACUAUCCAACUUCCUGUCCAGGAAGAGGUAGAGCAGACUCAGUGGACCCGGGAGCAGCCACAGGUGAUCCCAAAUGGUCUAGAGUGAGGGGCUCAGUGGCCCGAUGGGAGCAGAGUGAGCAUGUGACAGCAGGUGGAGGCUGUGAGUCGGCCGGGACUGAUGGGUUCAGAGAGGCUUUAGCUUCUCCUUGAAACCUUCCCUUUUGCUUUUCCUGGAAGGGGCCCCUUCCUUUGAGCCCCUCACCACUGGAGAGGGCAGCAGUCCAGUGCUUACCUGGCUUGGCCUCGGGGCAGAAAUCCUAAGGGAAAGACAGGAGCUGUUGAAGUUUGCUGUUGGUAUUGCCCAGUGUCCCACCCUCACACUUCGUCCCAGAGGAACAAGGACUCUCCAGGAGGCCAGCCUGAAAUGGGGAGAAGCAGCAGAGCCCUCAGAGAGCAGCUCUGCCCCUCCCAGAGUCCUCUCACUGUGGGCUUGAUGCUGGCCUCCGUGUCACCCGCCACUUGCACAAGGUACGCAGCCUGUAAGACCUUCUUAAAGGGGGGUGGGUGGGUACAGAUCCUGUCUAGAUACUUCUCUCACUUAGCCUGUUUGAGUUUCUCUGUUCUCUCACCUGGGUCCGACCACACUUGUGCAGGGACCUGUACCUAGCCCUCCCUCACUUUCCCCCUGCCCAGGCCCCCGGUGGGGAGUAGGGCCUGUCCCCGAUAAGACUUUUUCUUGGCACCUUUGUGCCGGUGGUGGAUUCUGAAGUCACUGGUUUUCAGACGGCCGUCCGGGCAGUCACGUGCAGAGCACCCAGAGCUGGGAGGUGCUAAGACCUGGUGGCUAAGCGACAGGCCUGGGAGUCAGACAACCUUGGGUUUGAGUCCUCCGAUAGGACUUCCUGGCCGUGUGAGUUGGGGCUGACUGUGGGACCUCUGUGAACUUCAGUUUGUACUGGGGGGAGAAUCGGAACCCCUUACCCGCCAGAGCAGUGCUGUCUGAGACGUGGCUGGUGUGACCGAGGAACUGAGUUUGACAUUGAGUUGUAAUUAACGUUCACUAGCCGCAUGUGGCUCAUGGUGUCCUCUGUUGGAUGUCACAGUUACAGGCAGCACUAGGAGGAGUAUGUGGGGUGAUGGAUGCAUAGUGACUGUUCAGCACAGUCCCCUGUGUGUAGGAGGGCCUCAGCAAUCUAUUCUCCCAGUGGGACGGAGUCCCAAAAGUUGCCAGGGCUUCAAAGAGUGAGGCCAAGAUCCCUGGGGUUGCGGAUGUUGUAGGACUUCCCAGACCCUUCCCACAUGCUGCUGGUCGGCCCCGCAUGCCAGCUGUGGGCACUGCCUACCGGGAGCACUGCCGUACUGGGAGCACUGAUGUCUGCAGAGGGUGAGUGACUGGCUCGUGGUCUCCGGUGGCCUGGGGGCAGAUUCACAACUAGAAGCUCGGUCUGUGUCACUCAUGGGCCACUUGUUCCCCAGCCCAUAUCAAGGUGUGAUCUCCCUACAUGCCUGCCCCAGGACCCACCUGUACUUCAGGACUUUGAUUCCAGGGCUGGGAAGGCCCCAGACAAGGCCUUAAGAAUUCAGUAGAAUGUGUGGCAGCCGUGUGCUGAUCAGGGUGUCUCAGUUUAGGCAUUAUUGACAUUUGAGGCUAGAUAAUUCUUUGGGGUGAGGCUGUCCUGUGUUCCCCAAGAUGAGUGGCAUCUCUGGCCUCUACCCACUAGUCAGGACACCCCUAACUAUCUUCUAGACAUUGCCAAGGGUCCCUUGGGGAGCAAAACUUCCCCCUUGGGUGUGAACCCUUGGUGUAGGGGGAGGAGCUGGGAGUGUUGGUUGCCACUAUCUGGCUUUGUGAUGUAGGGCAGCUCCUUGCCUUCUCUGGGCCCCUUUUUCCUUUUCUGUAACCUGAGAUGUUGAAUGUGGUGGUGGUUUGGGAGGAGGGCCCAUCCCGACCCAUAAACAAGUUUCUAAAUAACCGAUCCUGAUCCUGAUUUUUAUGGCCUAUGAAAUGCCACCGCUCCUGCCAUCCUUGUCUGGGGAGAGAGGACCCUCUGACCCUUUCAGUCUAAGAGGGACAGACGUGCUUUUCGGUUGUCAACUCAAUGGUGGGCGGCUAGAAUGGGGCUCUGUGUCUGCCCACAGUCAGCCUGUCCCCUCCCCCGACACCUCAUUUUCCUUUCCUGCCGCCCAGAUUUCCCAGUGAGCCUCAGUCCUUAAAAAGUCGUAGCAGUGUUUCAUUUGUAGUGCUGACCUUACAGGGAGACCCCCAAAAUUUAACGAGCUGCCUCUGCAAGGGUAAUGUGACUUUUACAGCCUGUUGAGGGGCAAAGGGAGAUUUGCAUAAUGUUCCAAGGGGGAUUAGGUGGCUGGGGGUUGCCAUGGCAACCCCACAGGGAUGAAUUGAGAAUUUUUCCUCCUGGCGGGAGUUGGCCAAUGGAGUCUGGGAAGGUGGGGGAGGG